AUGGCACCAUCUAUCACUGAAACCGCAACCCUUUCUCUCCGGGCAAAGCCCGUGUCGGAACUGAAAACCGAUUCUGGUUUCAACAAGGAGAACUCAAUCGGAUAUGCAGAGAUUUAUAAGCAUGACAAAGAGAUCAAAGGCACAGAGAAGCAGCCGCCCGCAUCGUUUCCGAACUACCUCCCCGUCUGGGACAACGAGACAGAGAGAUACCCCCCACUGCAAUCAUUUGAGCAUUAUGAUCACGGCAAGGAUGCGGAUCUCUUUUUUCCUGAUCUCCUUCCCAAGGACAAGGUCCAAGUGGACGAGCUCACUCCCACAAUCGGCAGCGAAGUUCGUGGUGUCCAACUGAGCCAGUUGACAAAGGAAGGCAAGGACCAGUUAGCUCGGUUCGUUGCGCAACGAAAGGUUGUCGCCUUCCGUGAUCAAGAUUUUGCGCAUCUUCCAAUCGACAUAGCCCUCGAAUGGGGUGGCUACUUCGGCCGACACCACAUUCAUCAGACAUCUGGAGCCCCUAAGGGCUUUCCAGAAAUUCACCUCGUUCACCGUGGAGCUGACGAUACGAGUGGCGCCGACUUUCUGGCGACGCACACCAACUCGAUUACCUGGCAUUCCGAUGUAACGUUCGAGAAGCAGCCCCCAGGCACCACAUUCCUAUACCUCUUGGACGGGCCGUCAACUGGAGGGGACACUCUUUUUGCGGAUAUGGCGCAGGCUUACCGACGCCUCUCACCAGAAUUCCGGAAGAGGCUGCACGGGUUGAAAGCAGUUCACUCCGGCAUUGAACAGGUCAACAACAGCCUCAACAAGGGUGGCAUUGCACGACGGGACCCUAUCAUAUCUGAGCACCCAAUCGUUCGAACUCAUCCAGUUACUGGGGAAAAAGCGCUGUUCGUCAACCCACAGUUCACUCGCUACAUUGUCGGAUACAAGAAGGAGGAAUCGGAAUACCUCCUGAAGUUUCUAUACGACCAUAUUGCGCUGUCUGCAGACAUUCAAACACGGGUUCGCUGGCGCCCAGGCACCGUCGUUGUGUGGGAUAACCGGGUGGCGGCGCAUAGUGCCCUCUUCGAUUGGGAGGAUGGUCAGAGACGACACCUCGCUAGAAUCACGCCACAGGCUGAAGCGCCUUACGAAACUCCAUUUGAGGGAUAG